CAAGCUCCAAAUAACAAGUCUGCCGCCCACCCAAAGCUCCCAAUCUAGUCCCACGGUUGGUGGAUCAGAUCAGUCCUCCAACAGAAACUAUGGCAGAGCACGAUGAAGGGUAUAGGAGAGAUUCUGAAGGUCGUUUCUGUAAUUUCAUCCUACUGGGUUUUUUUUCUUUUUGGAACAAGUAGUACAAAUCUUUGUGGUUUAGGGAAUCGGCUGAAUGGCUGAAGCUACACCUCUUCUCCCAAAAGUCCUAGAAAACCAGAUGCCUGAGUCGGAAUUGGAAAAUCAGGGGGCUGGUAUCAAUAUUAUUGAUGAGGUCGUUUGUGGGGAGACGGUGUGCCUUUAUGAUUUUUCGGAAGGAGAGGUAUUGCCUAUUAGUGGUUUCUAGGAAAUUGCCAUCGCCCAUUCAUCGGUGGAAAGUUUGUUUGACCAUUCAUCUUUUGAGAAUUUUUUACAGAAUUUUUUUGACUCUAUGACUUUUUGUCGUUCUUCACGUGAUGGCGGAGUGGUAUUACUCCGAUCCAUAAGUUGGAACACCACUAAAUUAUAUUUGACUUU